CUGAAUUUUAAACACUCGCCGCCACCAUAUUGGACGGAGAAUACUGAAAACACGGAUAUUACAAUAGCAGAUUUGAUGAUAACUUGAGUUAUUAUAUUGUUCCUGAUCACCGGAAUCCCCCUUUUUUAUUUUUUUUUGGACCGUUCUAUGUUUAUGGCUUUUGUGGUAAACUCGUAGUUAAUUCUAACUAUUUAGUAGCGAAGCUCGAACUAGUUAGCUAACUAGCUAGUAAUAAAGCAACAUAGCGCGGAUAUAUAUAAAGAUAUACAUCUGUAUAUAAAGCGUGCACGAACAUUUUUUAUGCGUAUAAUAUCGGAUAUAAGCUUUUCAAAUGACUCAAUUUCAGCCGAAUAAUUCAGGGGUUUUGAGGGCUAGCUAAACUAGCGCGCGCGCGAGCGAGACUUGGCUCACUCCAAAACAACGCCGCUGUGCUAACUCAAGUUAGCAACAACAACACAAGGGAAAAAAAACAACAACCACCAACGCAGCUAGUUAAUCAGUGCACGCCAGGGUUAGUUGACUAGAGAAAUGGUUUAUUAGAAAGGAAAUCUCCUCAGGACUCGCUUCGCCAGUCCGCUUUUGCUUUCGGGAUUAGCUUUUUUUCUUUUUUUUUCUUUUCUUUUUUUCUAGCUACGUCUACGCACUCGGAGUGGAGAAGAUAACGUUAUAACUAGCUUAGCUUAGCUUCGGAAACAGGAAGAACCUGUCGUUUCCAUGGACAACACGUCCAUCAUAACGCAAGUUACGAAUCCAAAGGAGGAGGAGAUCUUAUCGUCAAAUCCUGAGAAAGUUUCGCUGUCCAGCAGCAGCCUGAAGAAGAAAAGUCAUCGCAGUUUAUUCAGCUCCUUCUUUUGCUGCUUGCGGAGUUAUGAAGUCGAUCCUCCUGCCAACACAAACAACAACACCAGCAGCCCUCUGCCUCCACCUGUGGAGGAGAACGGAGCGCCACCGAAGUGUGAGCAGGCUGAGGUCAUCCCUGUGCCCGGUCCUCCGGAGAAAUAUCUCCUCCCCGAGGUGAACAUCAACGACUACGGAAAGAAGUGUGUGGUGAUAGACCUGGACGAGACUCUGGUGCACAGUUCGUUUAAGCCUAUUAGUAAUGCUGAUUUCAUCGUCCCGGUAGAGAUUGACGGCACAGUGCAUCAGGUGUACGUCCUGAAGAGACCGCAUGUGGACGAGUUCCUGCAGAAGAUGGGAGAAUUGUUUGAGUGCGUGCUCUUCACAGCCAGCCUUGCCAAGUAUGCUGACCCUGUGGCUGACCUGCUGGACCAGUGGGGAGUGUUUCGGGCGCGGCUCUUUCGGGAAUCCUGUGUGUUCCACAGAGGAAACUACGUCAAAGACCUGAGUCGGCUCGGCAGAGAGCUGCACAACGUCAUCAUCGUGGACAACUCGCCAGCGUCCUACAUCUUCCACCCCGAGAAUGCUGUUCCUGUACAGUCAUGGUUCGAUGAUAUGACCGACACCGAACUGCUGGACCUGCUUCCAUUCUUUGAAGGACUGAGCAAAGAAGAGGACGUGUAUGGAGUUCUGCAGAACCUCCGAGGCAGGUAGCAAGCUGCACCGUCCUGCCUUACGCGGGCACAGACUUCACCUCCCAGCAGCCCACUGCUCACUACACAGGAAGUGCAGACGUCCCCGCCCCCAAUCCCACGUCUGCGGCCCACGCAGCGACGAACAUCCACUACAGACCUUUACUGCUCACGAGAGACCCACUUGCUUAAGUGCUUAAUAAUAAACCAAAAAACGCCAAAACCCUUCUUUUCCCUUCCGAAACGAGAGAAUCCAGAUCUUUGGGUUGUUGCUAUGCAGGCGUUACAGGACUGUGGGUUUUCUUUCCUCUUUGCUUACCCAACAAAGUGCCUUUUUUGAAUGUCAUUUUUACUGGGAAAACAUUUUUGUACGUGAAAAUAUUUCCAGAGAUUUUCAGAAUUCUACUCUUUGAAAACAGAGGCAGGUUGUUAUUGUUUUUUCUCUCCUGGUGAAGGCAGUGUUAUUGAGGCUGGAGGUUUUUUUUUUUUUUUCCUCUUAAUCAUCUCCAUCAGUGUUCCUUUUGCUUUCACUCAUGCGGUCAUAUAGACGCGUGCAUUUUUGUCUGCCUUGUAAAAGCAAAGGUGUUUGCACUUGGUUUGGUUUCUGAGAUGAGGAACAAUCUGAGACUGCAGAUUGUCGUAAUUGUGCCAAUGAAUCGCUGCAUCAUUACAUGCUGAGGCUUUUUUUUUUCCUUUUCUUCCUCUCCCCUGUUGCUGAAUUUUAGCACAGGUCCUGCGAUGGUACAGAAAAUGCUGACAAUCGUGUCUGGCUGUUUCAGAGCGCAUCGGGUAGAUGGUUAUGGAUAAGCUGAGUUUGUGUUUUAAAGCUGGUGCAGAUCCCGUUACUCUAAUUUGUGAGUGAGAUGUAUCCUGGUCAUUACAGGAUCCACAAAAUUGCCAAUGUGUCCCUCAGGUGUUUAUUUACUUUCAUGUCAUUGCAUCAGUUUAUAAUCCUGUUCUAUAUUUAACCAGAGCUGCAGUUCUUUCUAGAACUCUGAUGAAGCUACUUGUUCAAAGUAAGCAAGACAGCUUGACGCACAUGCCUGUCGUUCUUUUCUUUUUUUUUGUUUAACCGUUACUUUGCUUUUAUUUCUCAUCACUUAAGCGUUUGAACUCAUUCUGAGCUGCGACAUACGAGACUUUAGUACCUCACCGAUCAGAGAGAAAGCGAGCACAUGUAUGCUCUUGGUUGCGCAGGGUUAAAUAAAGGUCCGUGUGGAGCCUGUCUUACCAUGGUGCCUAGGAGAGGAGCAGUGGCGUAUCCGAGCCGCCACCCAUGCAAUAGCCUCUCUGUUUUUUCCUAUACACUAAGCCUGUUUGCAUUAAUUUCCCAUAUUUACACACGUUAUUUAUUCUUUUGCACUGUUCUUCCCUCUCUCUCUGCUCCACAGAAGAGUUUUUCAGUCUGCGGAUGUAUCAGUAUUUAAUUUCACACACACACUUUCAUACUACUAUGCCGUUUCUGCUUUGGUAUAAAAUAAAACACUGCCCUUUCAUAGAUUUCUUUACCUCAUGUCCCCCCCCAUAUUAAACAAGUUGUCAGAGGUGGAGCACUUUGUGUUGGUCAAGAAUUUUUUCUACUAAUAUUUAAACUAGUUAGCGGGUCAGGAUUGUUUCGAAUUGCUAAGCAUUACAUCCACUUGGGGUUCUGUCUUUUUAUAUAUGUUUUUUCCUUAUGUAGACAGACUCUCUGAAACUUGAGAGGACGGUGCCACGUUUGCAGUACAUUUCAAGGUGAUGUGAUCCAUGGUUUUGUUGCAAAUUUUCUUCCAGACUCUGACACUAUAUUAAAGCACCUUUUUAGGAAAAAGAAA